GCCCAGGCAGUGAACGAGCCCGCUUGAGACGCCUCUCCGGGCGCUGAGCCGGCAGACCCACUGGCCCGUAGAGAGUGAUAGGGUCUAACCGCCCGAGCUCGGAGUCCUCCGACUGACCAGGGCCAGGGCGGUGAACGUGCGGCGGCUGGUGACGUGAGAGUCCUCCCUCCUCCUCCCGCCCCUCUCGGGGUGGCGCCGUCUGGUGACGUUGGGGGUAUGAUGGCUGCCGCGAGGCCGGGAAGGUGAAGAAAGGCCUCUGAUUAUCCCUCUUCCCACCUGCAAGGGUGGAGUAAGGCAGCUCCACGAAGUUAAAAACAAGUGUGCUUUGGAGUCAAAGGGAGGUGGUAUCUCAGUUUCUAGCUUGGCCACUUAACUAGAAGUCCAUAAAUCUUUUAAAUAUUCCAAGCUUCUGUUUGCUCCAUAGAACUGAAAAUUAAGUGAGGUAUUUUACAGCAUCUAGCACACAUAGCCUUUCAUUGGAAUUGGUGGAGUCAACACAGUCAGUAGCCAACCUCAAUCUGAGGGACCCGACAGAGGAGAACUCAGAUUCUUUUCGUCUUUUUGACUCCAGCCAUGCCCAUGAUGCCCAACCUGUGAAGGUCUCUCACCAUCCAAAAACGCGAUGUCCCUGCUUUUCUCUCGGUGCAACUCCAUCAUCACAGUCAAGAAGGACAAGAGACACAUGGCUGAGGUGAAUGCUUCCCCACUCAAGCACUUUGUCACUGCCAAGAAGAAGAUCAAUGGCAUUUUUGAGCAACUGGGGGCCUACAUCCAGGAGAGUGCCACCUUCCUUGAAGACACUCACAGGAAUGCAGAACUGGACCCUGUUACAACAGAAGAACAGGUUCUGGACGUCAAAGGCUACCUGUCCAAAGUGAGGGGCAUCAGCGAGGUGCUGGCCCGGCGGCACAUGAAAGUGGCUUUUUUUGGCCGGACGAGCAAUGGCAAGAGCACCGUGAUCAAUGCCAUGCUCUGGGACAAGGUUCUGCCCUCUGGGAUCGGCCACACCACCAACUGCUUCCUGCGGGUCGAGGGCACAGACGGCCACGAGGCCUUCCUGCUCACAGAGGGCUCGGAGGAGAAGCGCAGCGUCAAGACUGUGAACCAGCUGGCCCAUGCCCUUCACCAGGACGAGCAGCUACAUGCUGGCAGCCUGGUGAGUGUGAUGUGGCCCAACUCCAAGUGUCCGCUUCUGAAGGAUGACCUCGUGCUGAUGGACAGCCCUGGCAUCGAUGUCACCACGGAGCUGGACAGCUGGAUUGACAAGUUUUGCCUGGACGCUGAUGUGUUUGUGCUGGUGGCCAACUCAGAGUCUACACUGAUGCAGACGGAGAAGCAGUUCUUCCACAAGGUCAGUGAGCGCCUGUCCCGCCCGAACAUCUUCAUCCUGAACAACCGCUGGGACGCGUCUGCUUCAGAGCCUGAGUACAUGGAAGAGGUGCGGCGGCAGCACAUGGAACGUUGUACCAGCUUCCUGGUGGAUGAGCUGGGUGUGGUGGAUCGAGGCCAGGCUGGAGACCGCAUCUUCUUUGUGUCUGCCAAGGAGGCGCUCAACGCCAGGAUCCAGAAGGCCCAGGGCAUGCCUGAAGGAGGGGGUGCUCUUGCAGAAGGCUUUCAAGUGCGGAUGUUUGAGUUUCAGAAUUUUGAGAGACGAUUUGAGGAGUGCAUCUCCCAGUCUGCGGUAAAGACCAAAUUUGAGCAGCACACAGUCCGGGCCAAGCAGAUUGCCGAGGCGGUGCGUUUCAUCAUGGAUUCCCUGCACAUCGCGGCACAGGAGCAGCGGGUUUACUGCCUGGAAAUGCGGGAGGAGCGGCAAGAGCGGCUGGGGUUUAUUGACAAGCAGUUGGAGCUCCUGGCGCAGGACUACAAACUGCGCAUUAAGCAGAUCACGGAGGAGGUGGAGAGGCAGGUGUCCACCGCCAUGGCGGAAGAGAUCAGACGCCUCUCGGUGCUGGUGGACGAAUACCAGAUGGAUUUCCACCCUUCCCCGGUGGUCCUCAAGGUCUACAAGAACGAACUGCACCGCCAUAUAGAGGAAGGACUGGGUCGGAAUAUGUCCGACCGCUGUUCCACGGCCAUCACCAACUCCCUGCAGACCAUGCAGCAGGACAUGAUAGAUGGUUUGAAACCCCUCCUUCCUGCAUCUGUGCGGAGUCAGAUAGACAUGCUGGUCCCUCGGCAGUGCUUCUCCCUCAGCUAUGACCUGAACUGUGACAAGCUGUGUGCUGACUUUCAGGAGGACAUCGAGUUCCAUUUUUCCCUCGGCUGGACCAUGCUGGUGAAUAGGUUCCUGGGCCCCAAGAAUAGCCGCCGGGCCUUGAUGGGCUACAAUGACCAGGUGCAGCGCCCCAUGCCUCUGACGCCAGCCAACCCCAGCAUGCCCCCGCUGCCGCAGGGCUCCCUCACCCAGGAAGAGCUCAUGGUUUCCAUGGUCACCGGCCUGGCCUCCCUGACGUCCAGGACUUCCAUGGGCAUUCUCGUUGUUGGAGGCGUGGUGUGGAAGGCAGUGGGCUGGCGGCUCAUCGCCCUCUCCUUUGGGCUCUAUGGCCUCCUGUAUGUCUACGAGCGUCUGACCUGGACCACCAAGGCCAAGGAGAGGGCCUUCAAGCGCCAGUUUGUAGAGUAUGCCAGCGAGAAGCUACAGCUCAUCAUCAGCUACACUGGCUCCAACUGCAGCCACCAAGUCCAGCAGGAGCUGUCUGGGACCUUUGCUCAUCUGUGCCAGCAAGUCGAUGUCACUCGGGAGAACCUGGAGCAGGAAAUUGCCGCCAUGAACAAGAAAAUUGAAGUUCUCGAUUCACUUCAGAGCAAAGCAAAACUGCUCAGGAAUAAAGCCGGUUGGUUGGACAGCGAGCUCAACAUGUUCACCCACCAGUACCUGCAGCCCAGCAGAUAGUGGGCCGCCGCGAGCCGGAGCCCGCGUGGGGAAGGGCGGUGCCGCCAGCCGUGUGGGCCUCCCACCAGGGCCACGCACAGCUCCUGCCCGUGGCCGCCACCGUGAGAGCGAAAGCACCCCCGUCUCAUACCAUUUUGAGCCCCUAAUCGCUAGUGUUUUUUUUUUCCCCCUUUGCCUGCUGUUGCAGGAAGAUCUGGCUCGUACCCCUAAAGGAGACUUUUUAAACGGUGAUUGUGGAUAGCAUGGUACCAAGGAGUCGAGUCUUUGCUUUGUCGGGUGCACUUGAUUGAAACUCAUUUGAGUGCUUGACAAGGUCUUGGGAUCUGCCCGCACCGCAGAAUGCCUGGUUGGAGCCUUUAAGGGUAUCAGGCAGACCCCCUUCUCCGGCCAACACUAACACCGACCCAAGCAUACCCGCCUGCCGCGCACUCCAGCACCCCUGCAGAGAAAGGCCGCCUUAGGGUUGAGUUUUCUUCCCAGGUUGCAUUAGAACAAGUUCCAGAAAGGCCAAGUCCGUCCCAGAAGGGCUGCUGCCUGUGUGUGUGUCAAUUUGGCCCUUCAGCUUUUGUGCUUCGCUCCUUCAGCAGAGCAUUUCAGACACGUCUUGGAGGUGUGGGGCUUGCCUUGGGUUGUAGGCUGAGGCAGGCCUCGUUGCCCUGGGGGGUGGGAAAGAUGUUGCAGAAGUGACUGGAGUCAGGGUGGCUGAGGGGAGGGGCCGUGUGGAGAGAGCAGGUAGCUGGUUCCACGAUGAGGGAGGGCCUUGACCUCCCUCCUCUUCUUUGGUCCCUUGUUCUGGUUUCGGUCCUUAGUCCGUGUCGUCUGGUCUUAUUGUUGGUCAGAGAUGGUUUGGUCCAGAGCGUUCAAGGAUGUAGCUGAAGGAGAGAUGGCGGAGGGAGAAGGGUGGACCCCAUCCAGGAUGGCUGGAGAAUGUGGAGUCCACGGAGAACAGGGCCUUCUGUAUGACCUUGCCCUGUGAGGGGCUCAUAGGGUCUGAGAGCCCACGCUGUUAGCUUGAUUGCAUCCUUGUUAGGUUCCUUAAGAAACGCUCCCGCCCCUGCCUUGGCCCAGGCUGCCCUUGGCCACCGGUCCUCUGGACUAAGUCUCCUGUGCCAGGGAGGCUGCCGCUGGCUGAGAGAUGGUGUGGGAGACCCAGCAGCCAUCCUCCGGUCCUCCCAUCCUCCCUGAUCCCCAGAGCCUCUUACUGACCCUUACCUGGCCUCCUGUUAACUUUGAGAAAUGUUUCCUGUUGAGUUUGGGAUUGUUACUGGUUGAAGUGGGGGCAGGUUCCUGUCUCCAAGGUGUUAACUGGGGCAAGCAGCCUUCACAGUUCAGGUCUGAGACCUUCCUAGAAACCAGCAGGUCCUGUCUCCCAGAAAGAGGUGGGGCUCAGGCAGAGAGGUGGGGCUUGUCCUCUUCAAUCCCCACGCCCCGCCCUCCGGCUUCCGGGAAAUGAGUUGGUGGCCUCUGCUCACUGGUAGGUGGCCAUGCAGGUGGCACCUUCUCCAGGUGCCCACUUGUCUUUCAGACCCUUAGUGCACCUGCUGUGUGGAACCAAGUGGUGGACCUCGCCCAGGUCCUCCCACGGCAGGGGAAUGUUCUGAGCUUUUUGCCGGGCCUAGAUGGUGGUCACUUCCCAGCGUGUCAGGAGAAAUCAUUGUCACACAAUUCCAAUGAAUUUUGUGCUUUUUGGGGAAAAAGAAAUUAUUUAAUAACUAAACCUGAAUGUUUUUGAAUGUAGCCCCUGGGCAAUGAAUGGAAUUUUGAGUUUCUUACACAGUAAGUAAAAUUAAAUUUAUCCCAGUGAGGGAAAGACUCUUGACAGAAGCGUGGCAAAAAGCACUUUAAUUUAAUGCUGCUAACUUUGUUCUCUGGUUUUAUGUUCAUUUGCUGGAGUGUGAGACGUGCUUGACACAGUGAGUUUUUUCUCUGAUGUAGUUAAGGUGAUCUCUUUGCCUGAAUUACUCCUGUAUCAUUGCUCAUGAUAUUGGCACUAAAAUAAAACCUAGUUGGAAACA